CAAAUCUUUACUGCGCAUGCUUCGUUAAUACUUCCGCUUGUCACACGUGUUUUGAAUUCGACAUAAAAGUUUACCUGUAUUGAGAACAAGACUAUUGGUAGCAUGGGAUUUGGAAACAGAGGCGGUGGUGACUUUCGUGGUGGCCGAGGUGGCCGAGGUGGUUUUGGGCGUGGAGGUGGAAGAAAUUUUCAGAGCUUUGGACCUCCAGAUGAAGUAACAGGCCAAGAAGAUUUAGUCUGCAAAAAUACCAAUGAAAAAAUUCCAUAUUUUAACGCUCCAAUUUAUUUAGAAAACAAACAACAAAUUGGCAAAAUUGAUGAAAUAUUUGGAUCCAUCAAAGACUCUUGUUUUUCUGUAAAGCUAUCUGAAAAUAUGAAAGCAAAUUCUUUUAAAGGGAAUCAGAAGCUUUUUAUUGAUCCUGCAAAGUUACUGCCCUUGUCCAGAUUUUUGACUCCUCCACGAGGUGGCGGCCGAGGUAACUACAAACUCUUUUCUUUAUAUUUUAGAAUUUUUUUUUAUCGCAGUAAAGAAGUGUUGUUGGUUUAGCUGUUUAGCUCUGUU